CUUCCCCAUCCAGUGGAUUGAAUUUUUAUUUUCAGAAAGUGACUCUGUGUUUGAUGAAAGCAAAGUUUCCAGCAGCACCUAUUCAGUCUCAUAUGGAAGUUGCUAACCAGGGCCAUUCCCAAAGCCAUAAAGGCCAUUCUCACCGCCACAAGGACCGUUCCCACCGUCAUAAGGGCCGCCAUAAGAGUCGUUCAGAAAGAAAAGUUUCUAAGAAAUACUACUCAGAUAGCUCGGAUCACUCGGAUAGCUCAAUAAGCUCGUAUAGCUCAGAUAGUUCAGUUGAUGAGAAACUUGAAAGAUCAGUUGACAAACGAAGUUUAUCACUGUUAAAAUUAGCUGACUUACUGGGAUAUCCCUACGAAGAAUAUAGGCCAGCCCUUAAUGACAUAACUGACCAGAUGGGCCGGGACGAUGUGUUGCAUAUAAUGCAUGGUCAAUAUUUAACGGGCAGACAAGACCGAUUCGAUGCUGCAACUAGAAUGGAUGAAACAACAGAUGAAAGAAGAGAUGAGGAGAAUGAGAGUUCCAAGAAAAAGAGAAAGAAGAAGAGCCGUGGAACUGAUGAUGAAAGAAGAGGGAAAAGAAAAAGAGAAAGAAGAGGUGACAAGAAUGAGAGUUCCACAAAAAAGAGAAGGAAGAACAACUAUUAAUGUUGGAGCAGUUUCUAAAGUUCUUUAGUAUUAGUUAUAGGCUUGGAGUUAUGUUUCUGUUUUGCCAAUGCACUCUUUCUAAUUUAACGUUAUUAACUAUUUUACACAAUAAUAACUAAAGAGAGGAAAUUAAAAAAGUAUCAAUAAUUUUUGUAUUAAAAAGUAAAAUUGGUAUUUAAUUUGAAA